GGCUAUUGCACUUUGGCUGGGCGGAAGCACAUUGCCUUUGCAUCCUCCUAGUGUGGUAUGUUGGCGGUACAGUCUGAAACAACCAAUCUAAAUACUAUUUGACUCUGAGAAACAUGGCUGGAACGGCGUCGGUAGCGGGAGAGGUGUUCGUGGAUGCCCUCCCGUAUUUUGAUCAGGGCUACGAUGCUUCUGGGGUCAGAGAGGCGGCUGCAGCUUUGGUGGAAGAGGAGACGAGGAGAUACCGACCCACCAAGAACUACCUGAGUUACCUCGCCACUCCUGACUUCGCUGCCUUUGAGACGGAGAUCAUGAGGAAUGAGUUUGAUAGGCUCGGCGCUAGGCAACCACUGGAGCUCCUCAGCAUGAAGAGGUACGAGCUGCCUGCGCCCACAGCAGGCCAAAAGAAUGACAUCACCGCCUGGCAGGAGAGCGUGAACAACUCCAUGGCCCAGCUGGAGCACCAGGCGGUCCGCAUCGAGAACCUGGAGCUCAUGUCCCAGUACGGCACCAACGCCUGGAAGCUCUACAACGACAACUUGGCCUUCAUGAUAGAGACAGCCCAAAAGGAACUCCAGAAAUUCAGGAAACAAAUUCAGGAUCUGAAUUGGCAGCGUAAAAAUGACCAGCUGGUGGGCGGAGCCAAACUCAGAGAACUGGAGUCCAACUGGGUGUCCCUCGUCAGUAAAAACUAUGAGAUCGAACGCGCCAUAGUGCAGUUGGAGAUCGAGGCUGCACGGAUAAGGCACCAGCAGGGAGACGAAAACAAGGAGAACAUCCGACAGGACUUCUAGCAACGGGAGGAGGAGGAGGAGAACGGUGGCUAGAGGUUCCAGCAAAGUGAAUCAGACAGGACUCUUGUUUCUAAUGAACUGAUCUUCUCUAAGCUUGGAAGGAAGUACCGCCUGAGCAGGGGAAAAGAAAGAUGGGUCAGAUUUCUGUAUCACUAAAUGCAAGGCAUUGAGGUUUUCGUGGAGCUAUGGGGUUAUCUUUCCAGCUGUCUGGAAACUCAUUUUGGAUGUUUCCCUAAAGGAGUCUGGGUUAAGAAGGAGUAAAUGUGGUUUAAUGUUUAUUUUGUUGGACUUCUUUACCAACGCAUACAUGUACAUUAGGCUUUAUGUUGUUGUUUUUUCUAUUUUAAUAAAAAAAUAUUUUGAAUAUUU